AAGACAAGACAUCAAUUAUUUCUUAGCUUCCUCUUUUCUUCCUCUUGUCUCAAAUCUGUUUGUGUGCCUAUUUAAGAGUUCUACUUCUAAGUCAAGACUCAAGGAGCUUAAGGACUUGAAGUUUGGAUUUGAAUUCAUCAAAAUUUUAGCUGCAUAUAUACCCUUAUUUCCUUUCAAGAUUUUCUUAGCUUUCUUGUCUCAAAAACUAAACUUGAUUACAAAAGGCACAUAAAUCAAGAAAGAUUCCCUAAGAGACCUCAAAAUCAUUUAUAUCUGCAAUUGCAGUUGUAGACCGCAACGUAAAACUAUGAGUCUAAUUGUUUGAGGUUAAUUACCAUAUCCAAAAGGUUUCAAAUUGCAAUUACGGUUGCUUAAUGAUUAUGUUGCAAUCACUGAUAGGCCGCAAUUGCGAACGCGGUAGCCACAAUUGAAAAGUGUCUUAUCUAGUUAUAGGAAGAAAUUAUAAAGAUGGUUUCUUUUUUCAUUUUUGCAGAUAAUUGAAUUAUAGCAAGAUGAGUAUUAUGUAUGAAGAGCUAAGAAGAAACCAAGAAAUGGAUUCUUCAAAUAUUAUUCAUUCCAAACAACACUAUCAUCAACAACAUAAUUCUGGUCUCCUUAUGAGGUACAAUUCAGCUCCAACAUCAUUGCUUACAAGUCUUAUUGACAUCAACACUCAAAGCUAUCUAAACAAUGAAGAAUCUUUUACAAGUGAGAGUUCAAGUUCAGAAAUGGAUACUAUGUUUUCUAAGUUGAUAUCAUCCAACAAUUUAUGGAACAAUUCUGAAGAACCUUUACAAGAGUUUGAUGUGAAGCCUGUGAAGCAAGAAAUAGGUGAAUCUGUUCCACAAAAUGGUGAUUAUUCUUAUGGUGGAUCUGAGUUGAUUUACCAAGGCUUUUCAAAUGGUUCUAGUAAUGGAUUUUAUGGAUCUUUUGAUGGAGUUAACUCUAAAAUUGGUGUGAGGAAUUCUUCUUCCAAUCUAAUUAGGCAAAAAAGCUCACCUGCUGGAUUUUUCUCUAAUGAAAAUGUUGAAGAUCUUGCAACAUUGAGAGAGUUAGGAAGUUUUAAAGCCAACGAAGUCUCUGGUACACUUAACUUCUCAUCUAGGCCAAGGAUGCCACAAAUAGCUGAAAAUGGAGUCCAAAGCAUAGAAGCAAAUUGUGACCAAACAACAAACCUAGUUAAUGAAAAUGGUAACUCCAAACGUCACAUUCCAAGCUUCACCAAUGAGUUUUGGGACAAUUCUGCAUUCAAUGCUCAAAAAACAGAAAUUGAAGAUGAAAUAAUGUUUUCUACUUCAAAUGGUAUGGAAUCUCAAGAAGCAGAAUUUUGUUAUCAAAAUCUUGGAUUGACUCAUCAUUUGAGUUUGCCUAGUUCAUCUACAAAGAUACCAUCAUCCAUGGAGAAGUUUCUUCAAGUUCAAGGAUCAGUUCCUUGUAAAAUUCGAGCGAAAAGAGGCUUUGCAACUCAUCCAAGAAGCAUUGCAGAGAGGGUAAGAAGAAUGCGAAUAAGUGAAAGAAUCAAGAAACUGGAAAGUCUGUUCCCAAAAUCCGACAAGCAAACAAGCACAGCAGAUAUGCUGGAUUUGGCAGUUGAGUACAUUAAAGACUUGCAAGAACAAGUUCAGAUACUCACAGUUCGUAAGGAAAAAUGCAAAUGUACAAGUCAUGAAAAGCAACACUCUAGACAAUGCAGCUGAUUUAAUCCCUUUAGAUAGCACAAGGGAGCUGAAUUUUUGUGCAUAUAUUGAAAAAUCAUUAAUGAGUGUGCCACAGUUUGCAAUUGUAAUUAUAGAAAAUAAUGCUGAUAUUUGCUUAGUAUUAGUUUAGGUCCAUGAAAUUUUGAAUUUUUUUUUUUUCAUUUUUGUUUUCAAUUUUGUCUUGUGAUUUCCCUUUUUCUUUUAGCUUGAUUAUAUGAUCAUUAUGUAAUAUCAUGUUUAGCAGAGGUCUUUGUUUGAAGCUCUUCAUUUUACAUAAUAAGUUUGUUUA